AUGUAAGCUAUAUUUAUUCAUAACACAAUUAAGAAUUUAGUAUCAGAAUAAACUCAAAAGCAUGAUUAAUUGAAUUCUGGUUAAAAUAUUAUUAAAAUAGUAGAAGUUGAUUUGGAAACUGAAUCUCAAAAGUAGUUGAAUAUAUAAGAGCCUGAAAAAUUAGUUGAUCUUAAGAGUGGCUUUAUCUAUUCAUUUAAAUAGCUCUAGUGUUGUAAGAAUUUAAAUAAAUAUUAUAAAGCAAUAGAAUGCUACGACAAAGCUCUUUCCAUAAAUCCAAAUAAAGAUUCUGCUUGGUGUAAUAAGGGUAAUCAACAGUUCUCAAUAAAUGUUAAGAAGCAAUAGAAUGCUAUGACAAAGCUAUUUCCAUUAAUCUAAAUAAAGAAGCUGCUUGGAGUAGUAAAGGUAAAUUAAUUUAUAAUUAAGGCUUCACACUAAUUUCAGUUACAAAAAUUUGUUAUUACAUACGUUAAAGAAAUAUAAGGAUAUCAUCAUCUUUUAUUAUUAAUCUCUAUCCAUGAGCAUUACUUCUCUAAGAUUAAAACAAAAAGGUACACAAAUAUUAAAUUAUUUAUUUUUAGCUGA